CGCCGUCGCCGCCGCUGCUGCCACUGCCUCCGCACCCGGAGAGGAGCAUGUCUGCAACUCGAGCCAAGAAAGUGAAGAUGGCCACCAAAUCGUGCCCCGAGUGCGACCAACAGGUUCCUGUUGCAUGUAAAUCGUGUCCCUGUGGUUACAUAUUUAUUAGCAGAAAACUUUUAAAUGCAAAACACCCAGAAAAAUCACCACCUUCUACAGAAAACAAGCAUGAGGCCAAGAGGAGGCGAACAGAGAGAGUUAGGCGAGAGAAGAUAAAUUCUACAGUAAAUAAGGAUUUAGAAAACAGAAAGAGGUCUCGAAGUAACAGCCAUUCAGAUCAUAUCAGACGAGGAAGAGGAAGACCUAAAACUGCAUCUGCCAAAAAACAUGAGGAAGAAAGAGAGAAACAGGAAAAGGAAAUUGACAUCUAUGCUAACCUCUCUGAUGAAAAGGCUUUCGUGUUUUCAGUCGCCUUGGCAGAAAUAAAUAGAAAAAUUAUCAAUCAAAGACUUAUUCUCUGAUAUUUGUCUGCACAAUGUGUUGAAACUUUCUUCAGGAUUACAUCAGCAAAUUCUCAAACAGUUGUGGACUCUCAGGAGCAUUCUGACUGCAUCAAUAAGGGCCAUUGAUUGUUUUUUUUCCCCUGUCAUUUAGCCUGUGCCACACUUUGGGAGCAAAGCUGUAGGCUUGGACUGUUCUGGGAUUUCCUUGUUUACCAAGGAGUAUUGUCAGUGUUUUGUGUUUGGGAUAUAAGUAAGUAUAUUUACCAAAAACAAAAACAAACAAAAAGAAAAACAAUGGAUGGCUGUUAAAGGGUAAAGGGGUAGGGGGUGGGAGCGGAAGAAUGAAAACUAGGGAAAUAAAAUGCUUGUUAGUUUUCAGGUUUGCCACCAGAGAUGCAAUAUUUUAAGUACUUGGAAAAAGAGUGACUUUUAAAAAUAUAUAUUUCAGAUUUUCAGCAGUAACAGAUUGCAUAUAUACAGUUCAUUUACUUUUAAUAAAUUGGCAAUUGAUAUUUUAUUGAAUGGGGAAUUAAGAAUAUAAACUGUAAAUUUUGUCUUGAUUUUUUUCUUGGCCUUUAUUUUUAUGACUUAAGGUAUGAGUUAUAUUUUGGGAGAUACUUUCUAGACAUUUGGGAAGUUUGGGUGCUAUAUGAAGAAAAACAUUUAAGGAUAUAUCAUACUUCAGAUAUAAACAACUUGUUUUCUUGAAUGUAAUUUAUUUAUUGGUUUAAAAAAAACCUUUUCUGCUCUCAAGAUGGUGCCUGUUAACCUAAACAUAAGAUAUAUUUAUUACAUACAAAAUAUUUCUUAGCCACUUUUAAGCAGUAAUGUUUUAUCUGAAUGGAUGUUCAUUUAUACAUCCUGAUAAUUAUUUAAAUUGUUACUUAACCUCACUCUGGAAAAAAAAUAAACCUUAAUAUUGAAACUAA